GUACAAGGCUGUCCAUCAGAUCCUUAAAUAGCUUGAUUUCGAAGCACUAGUUCUGGAGCAUAGCAGCUACGUAGUCCCUCUGGAACCCAGAGGACUUUUCACUGGAUUGGCUUGGCUUCUCUUUGAAUGAGAGCUGUGAUGUUCUAACUCUAAAAUGUUCUGCUUUGCCUCAGGUCAGACACUGAGACACUCGAAAUGUAAACACCUUGUUUUCACCCAGAUUCCCUCAUCUGUUCUCCCUCCAGUUCUCAGGAACUGCUCAAUAAGAAGAGAAGGUGUGGAGUCCUAGUUUUUAAAUGGUUGUUCUUGGGUGCCAUAUAACAGUUUAGGGGGAUGAUAUACCACUAUUCAUACACUUUAAUUUAUGUAAUUUUGUAGUCUUUAUACCUGUCCGUAUUUCUUCCAAGUUUUAGAGCAUCAGUACCUGAAGGGAAAGAUCAGGAGUUUUGCAAGAUCAUCCUGAGAGUUCAGUUUAGGAUGGCUGGGAAAAAAAACUGCAUUUCAUUUACAUUUGCUUGUAUAAUGUUGAGCUUUAUUCUCAAUUUGUGAUAAUAAACAGACCUAUUUUCACAUUUUUUCAUGUUUCUUCCACUGUCAUUUAAUGACGCAUUUCAGAUAUUCAGCUCUGAAUGGAGGUGUGUAGGGUACAUACAGGAAUAAAAGUGCCACUCUCAGUCUUCACUAGGUGGGUUCCGGUCCAGUUAAGAGGAGAAAUGUCUGAGCCCUCCCUCUGUUAGAGCUGCCUUUUUGGGGCACAGGACUGGAGCAGCGAUACCUAGGAGGUAGCCCCUGUGCUACUUGGAACUCUCUUGUUUCUUCCAACAAGGCAGGGAUUCUGUGAAAGCUUAUUUCAGGAGUAUGGGAAAAGGCAGUAACGCACCCGGGCCUUCAGCAGUCAGAACCAGGAACGCAGACUUUAUUAUGAGUCUCCAUUUGCUGCUGCGUUUCUCUGCUCUGCUUGCUCACCACAUCCUCUGCGCAGACCAGCCUUCUCCACCUGAGAGCCUGGCCACCUGCACUUUGUAAAAGUCCUUUCACGGAGCUUCAGCCCUGCAGUUGAGAUUUUCACUGAGAGGUCUGCCUGCCCCUCUACGUUACUUUGCUAGGGCCAGGGGGAGUAUGGUUCUUCCAGCACUUGGAGCACCUCCCCUUGGAGCCGUGUUAAUGGUGGGGGCGGAGAGGGGGAGCAGUUGCCAGAAGGAGAUGGGGGGGGCAUCUUCAGAGUGACCCUGUGACCCUCCCAGCCGUGAGGAUUGUUAGGGCUCUUCUCCUCCUGUCUGCUUUGUUCAGGUGACCAAGAAUAAGUUCAGAUGAACUGCUUGGUUAUUUGUCUGCCCGGAGGCCACAUACCCCUUCCUGUUCUCAUUUUGUCCUCACAUUUUAGUCUGAAAAGCAGGCUCCUUUGUAGCUCCUCUGCCCUUAGAUAUCCUCAGGGCCCAGAGGAGUCUAUAAAGGACUGGAUCACAGAAUCCCAAAGGAAUUCCAGCCCUGACUAAAAGCUACUGCACUGACACUCAGCAGUCCCAGAAAUACACAAGGAGGGACUGGAAUGUUUGCUCCCCAAGGGUGGAAUGUUCGGCUUUGUUAAUCUGCUUUAGUCUAAAACACCAGUAUUUGACUAGGUGGCGUUUUGCUUUCUCUCCUUAUUUGCAGUUUGUUUACAUUUUUACCUUGUGCCCUUUGUCCCCUCCCCGCAAGUUGUAAUCUUACUGCUUUUACUAAUUUAUGUGAGAAGAGAGUGGAAUAGAGUAUAAAAGUUUGAAAGUACAGCUCACCCAUUUAAAUUUAUGAGUGGUAUUUUAUACACUAGUUGAAUAGAAUACAUUUUGUAUAAGUGGUUUUAAAAAGUAUUUUUCUAGAAAGGCAGCCAUUUAGACCUUAACGUCUACGAUGCCUCAAACAUAAUAGAGACUUGAAAAAUAUGUCGAAUAAACUUGGAAAUAUUUUUAUUCAUCCUUACUUACCAGAAAGGAGAAUGACAGGGCCUAAAUAGGCGUUGCACACCGGAGAAGGUGCUGUUUGAGAGAUGAGCUUGUUCCGACCACCUCUCGAAUUACAGGGACGCCUGGGCCAUUGUUACCACUGAUAGGAAUUAUUUGACUCUGAAGAAAAAUGAUACGAGUACCUUAUUUUAACGUACCCCAUACCCGUUGAUUGCCUUGAUACACUUUACCUGUUUGACUUAGUCAUCUCUCCCAGACAGGAUGUCCCCUUAGCAGCCUUACCUAUUUUCACUUGAACAAGAAAAUCGGCACACUAGAUCUUGCAGUAUUUACCCAAUUUAUCCUGUUGGUAAGGUUAAAAGCCACACCCUCGUGCUAAAAUUAGCUGUUCUUUCAUGUUCCUUGCCUUCUAAUUUAGGGAAAUGGAAAAAGUUAGGGGUGUGUUUUCUUCUCUUUUCUUUCCCCUCGUGUCCCUUCCCCCUCCUCCACCAUCACCCAAAGAUUUACAUAAGGAGCCAAGGAAAAAUAAAGAAAGGCAAAUAGAAUGAUUCUUGGGGCAGGGUAAGUACACAAAUAAACGCGUGUCUUUUACACUACAUACUUAGGCACCAGACCUGUGGCUCUUAAGUUUUAGUGGCCAGAACAAAGAAGAAAACAAGAUCAAUUGCAAGACUGUUCCUGAGAUAAAAAACAAACCAGCUGCUUAGGACAAGUGUAAUCUUUCCAGGAAUGGAGACCCUGUGGAUCCUUUAUUAGCAGGCUCUGAGUCCAUACUACAUUUCUCUCAAUUCUCUACAGUGUCUGUAAAACCCAAGUUCAAGUUUAACGUAUCUUAGUAUAAAAACAUAAAGAAUAAUAUUAGGCCAGAGUACAGUUCAGUUAAAUCAUUAUUUUUCUGAUGCUCUGGAGCUUUGGGAGCAGCCCUCUGUAAUCGUUCAUACCACUGAACUUUUUAUUAAAAUUGGGUAGCAGAGAAGUCCAAGGUUGUAACUUUCUAGUAACCACUCUGCCUUAACAGUUGGCUAAGCUGGCCAGCAGUACCAGUAUCAGCCUUUGAAAAUUAAAAGAGCUUACGGGCACCUGGGUGGCUUAGUCAGUUAAGCUUCCGACUUUGGCUCAGGUCAUGAUCUCCUGGUUCACAAGUUCAGGCCCUGCGUUGGGCUCUGUGCUGACAGCUCAGAGCCUGGAGUCCACUUCAGAUUCUGUGCCACCCCCCACUCUCUGCCCCUCUCGCACCCUGUCGCUCUCUCUCAAAAAUAAAUAAACGUUAAAACAUUUUUUUAAGUAAAAGUGAAAAAAAGAAAGCUUAACCGGGACUUGAUUUCAAAUCUAGUUAUAUAAAUUGACUUGGAGGCUAGGUCAGUGUUUUUCCUCAGAAAAUAGUUCUGUGUUCAACGUGCAGACAUGUUUAUUAUAAAGUAGUAGUUUAAAAAUUUUUGUUAAAUUUCUGACACUGAAGUUCAGUAUAAAAAGCUGAUAGGAAUGAGGUGUUUGGGCUGGAGAAGAGAUGGCCCCUCACCUGCCUUCCUUGGACCUUAGAGUUAGGUUUAGAAGCCACUGUCCGACUCAUGACUAAUGUCAUUUUAGUCUGGAAAAAUUAAAAAGCCUGCAUCGUCAAGCACCCACCGGAACAGGCUCACCCUGUGCAACCUCCUACUCCCAGGGACACCUGUGGAAAGCCCAGUUUUCAUUAACAUUAACUUCCUGUUUGAACCACUAAAAUUUCGACAGAUUGGCGAUAUGGUUAGCAAUAAUCCAAGCAUUUGGGAGAUAAAGUUAAAAACCGGGAAUGUUAGGGUAUCUGGUGGCUCAGUUGGUUAAACGUCCAACUCUUGAUUUCGGCUCAGAUCAUGAUCUCACGGUUCGUGGGAUCGAGCCCCAUGUCAGGCACUGCGCUACAAGUGAGGAGCCUGCUUGGGAUAUUCUCUCUCUCUCUGUCCCCCUCUCCCGCCCCUCCUCCCGCCUCCACCCUCUCCCUCUGCCCCUCUUGCAUGCACGGGAAUCUCUCUCAAAUAAACAUUAAAAACAAACAAACAAACAAAAAAACCAAGAAAGUAGCUUUUGAAGCUUGCACAGAAGGGAUAAUCUCCGUAUGGAUUUUUUUGCAGAUUGUAUAGCACUUAAACGAAUACUUUAGUCCCCACAUUCACUUGAGUUAGUAGAUUCUUCUGCUGAAAUAGCAAAGGAAACAUGGAAUCCCAUAUUCAGAACUUUUGUAGAAGAAAAUAUGUUUUCAGUGUUAAGUAAUUGCAUCCAUCAUAGCUCUUCCUGGAUGCGUGGGAUCUCUACCUAAAACAACUUUUUGUACUCCCUUGGAUAUAAGAUGUUUUUGUUGUGUAUUUUAGAUACAGCUUUCAGAUUAAAAAGCAGUUUUCCAUUGUGACUGUAUUGUGAUGUCAACACUCACCUGGAAAGCACCACUCCAUCAAGUGUGGAAUGUUCUUUGGGCAAUAAAAGAAGGCAUGUGAUUACUCUGUAAACAGCACUUGGGUUUACCGUGAAGCAGGCAGAGCGCAGCGAGGCAUCUGUCGCUGCCGCCAUGCCGUUCCCAUUUGGGAAGUCUCACAAAUCCCCAGCAGACAUUGUGAAGAACCUGAAGGAGAGCAUGGCUGUUCUGGAAAAGCAAGACAUUUCUGACAAAAAAGCAGAAAAGGCUACAGAAGAAGUUUCCAAAAAUCUGGUUGCCAUGAAAGAAAUUCUGUAUGGCACGAAUGAGAAAGAGCCACAAACAGAGGCGGUGGCGCAGCUCGCUCAAGAACUCUACAACAGCGGGCUCCUGAGCACCCUGGUAGCAGAUUUACAGCUCAUUGACUUUGAGGGCAAAAAAGACGUGGCUCAAAUUUUCAACAAUAUUCUCAGAAGACAAAUUGGUACAAGAACUCCUACUGUUGAAUACAUCUGCACUCAACAGAAUAUUUUGUUCAUGUUAUUGAAAGGGUAUGAAUCUCCAGAAAUAGCUCUAAAUUGUGGGAUAAUGUUAAGAGAAUGCAUCAGACAUGAACCACUUGCAAAAAUCAUUCUGUGGUCAGAACAAUUCUAUGACUUCUUCAGAUAUGUCGAAAUGUCAACGUUUGACAUAGCUUCAGAUGCAUUUGCCACAUUCAAGGAUUUACUUACAAGACAUAAAUUGCUCAGUGCAGAAUUUUUGGAACAGCAUUAUGAUAAAUUCUUCAGUGAAUAUGAGAAGUUACUUCAUUCGGAAAACUAUGUGACAAAAAGACAGUCACUCAAGCUUCUGGGUGAACUACUGUUAGACAGACACAACUUCACAAUUAUGACAAAAUACAUCAGUAAACCAGAGAACCUCAAGUUGAUGAUGAAUCUCCUCCGAGACAAGAGUCGUAACAUCCAGUUUGAGGCCUUCCACGUGUUUAAGGUGUUCGUAGCCAAUCCUAACAAGACGCAGCCCAUCCUAGACAUCCUCCUCAAGAACCAGACCAAACUCAUAGAGUUCCUCAGCAAGUUUCAGAAUGACAGGACCGAGGACGAACAAUUUAACGAUGAGAAGACCUAUUUAGUUAAACAGAUCAGGGAUUUGAAGAGACCAGCUCAGCAAGAAGCCUAAUUUCCAAUCAACACCUAAAAUAGUAAAUCCAGAUUCAGCGUUUGCUGUUAGCUAUUCAGCAUCAGGCACUCUUCUCGGUUCAUGAGGAACAUUACUGCUAACCUGCUGUUAAGUGAACGGUUUUUCAUUUUACCUUUUUUGUUUUUUUUUAGUCCAAGUUGGAGAACGUAGCUGCUGCUUUCUUGCCCACUAGAGCACACGUGGACUUUUUCUUGAUCUGUGUGUCGCUUCAGAAUUCGAGGACUCUGUUUGCUGUGAGAGUUCUGAACGUGGCUGGCUAGGCUCCUGCAGGCAGAUGUGUAGAUGACGGUGUGGUUUAGGGAAGAAGGGGGUUGGUGUUUUCAGAUUCAACCUGCGUGCUUGCUUUGAUCUCUGUUAAAGAUCUGAGCGUGGGUUCGUGGUGAGGUUGUACGCCUUCGCUGAAGGAAGAUCGAGCAGAGCUGUGUUUGAGAUCAGAGGGGAGCUGUAUCCAAGGUAGGAGCUUUUGGGGUGGAUAAAGUUGGCAUGCGAAUGAAUCGAUAGCAACUUUUCAAAGGCGUGAAGCUUCAUAAGGUCAUGAGGAAAAUGUAUAUAUGCUUUUCACAGCUUUCUAGAAUUUUUUGACAUUUGAUUUUCUUGAGACUUGUAAACCUGGAUAUGUUGAAGGGUAUUUGUUAAUUUUACUUUUUGGAAGGUAUUUUAAACCAGUAGAGCUAACAGUGACACCUUGCGUUUCAUUUCAACAAUGCUUACAGGUUUCUUUUGUAUAUAAUUCUUAGAAUGCUCCUUUCUUUUAAAUGAUUUAAUUUGUACAGCAGAGGAAUGUUACUGUAUUAGUAUGUAACUAUUACCUAAUAUUGAGUUUUUGCAAAAAAAAAAAAAAAAAAUGAAUGCUCAUAUGUAAUUGAAAGACUUCCGAUCACAUGAAAAUGCUGAUUUAACUUUUAAGUAUCACAGCAUUAAAAGACAAAAUGGAAACCAAUCCUUUGUAUUCAGCUAUCUACUGGGGUGCCGUUCGGUAGGCCUGGCGCUCAGCCAGCCACGCUUCCCUGCGCAGUAUCGGCCUUAUUCAUUUCAUUGAGUCAUGAGCUCGCCAGACAUGAAUGAUGCUGAUUAUGCUAAGUUCAUGCUGAUUCUUCGUGGGGUUGGGGGGGAACCUCUGUAGAGCACCUUUUCUUUCUUAGAGUAAGUAAUCCAGUACAAUAGUUGUGAAACUGAAUAAUUAAAACUUUGGCUUCUCUUAGGAAAAGAAGAGCCCCUAGUCAUAGGUGUCCUAUGGGGAAACUUAUUUUGUUUUAAUGUCCUGUUCUUUAAUGCUGCAAAUUAUCAGUAUUUAUAAAGUAACUGAUUUUGCACCACUUUGUUACUGUGACCACGGCAGAACGUCUCCUAGAACAUAUCUAUGUCAAGUUCUUAGAAUGGUAUCUGUUCAUCUUAGUGAUACGAAGAUCACAACUAACAACUUAACAAAUCAGAGUUUGCCAGUUUGAAUUCAGCAUGGCUGUAGCUGAUUAAGAAAUUUAUAUAAUUACUCUUUGCUAGCCUCUCUUACUAAUUGAAUUAUUUAUCAGCCAGCAACAUGAGACUCCCAGUUGAUGUUUUAAGCAUCGGCAGGUUUUCAGACCUCCUGGGAAUACCGGCGAGGAAAAUAGCUCCAGAAGAUAUAAAUGUGUUUUAUCCUAUCUCAGUCAAAAGGCAGUCUGCAUUAUAAUUGCUUUUCCUGAGGCUGUCUUUUCCAAAAUCUGUGUAAAAUAAGUCACGUUUUUCUACUGGAAGUCGGGAAAGCGAUCCAAACUCCCGGAAAUGAAAAAUACCCAAGAUACUUAGGAAGGGAACGGGGGACUCGACCGUGAGGAAACGUUCUGGGUCUCGCGGUCCAGUGCUUGGUGUCUGGAUUUGGUGCGAAAACAUCAGUUACACCGAGUGGCAGAAAAGUUUCCCCGCCAAGCUGGCUCUUAGAACUUGAAACAACAAAACAGCUUCCACUUGGGCGGUGGCACCUGCACUUGUGUGUGGGACACAGCGAGGGUGCAGCACGUCCCGGAGAUCGGCGAUGUGCCACCAUUGCGUUGGGAGCCGGGGAUAGUUAAGACCCGUUCUGUUUUUGUUUUCUAACAACAAUGUGAAAACCUUCAAAGGUGAAAAGUUACGAUCAUUUAAUAUAUUCAUAUCACCAAAACUAUUAUACUGGAAGUGGUUUCUUUUUGUGUUACAAAGGUUUAAUUUUACAUGAGUCAGGUACAGUUACUCAAUGUGAUUUUUAACCCUUAAAAAAAAAAAAAAAGGCGGAGAUGUAUACAGUUGUUAACAGUGCCCUGAAAGCAUUUCCUUUCUCCUGAGGAAACGUAAAUUUCUUAUCAGAAUAUCUGGCUGGCCCUGUAAUUUAAAUUAAAAAUAAAAUUUUGGAGAAACAGCG